UCUCGACUAUCGACACUAAAGAAGAUGGGAUCCGCAAAGAAAAAGAAGGAGAAGAGAAAGGACUUUGUGAAAACAAAGCUGAAAGUUGGAAAGACAAAACCGAAGCCAACAGCGCAUACAGAACUUGGGUUUAAAGCCAAAUCUAUCGGUCUUCCGUCACAGUCAAUUACAAAGUCGUUUACCUCGUCCGAGUCUUUCAACCAUCAUCUCUCGCUCACGAAGCACAGUUCAGCAUCCACGAGGAAAGAUGCGCUGCUAUUUCUACUCAACCAUCUCCCCACCGCCGAGAAAAUAGACUCGUCCGUGUUCACCUACAUCGCGCCUCUGAUCAGCGACCAAUCUGCCUCCGUGCGCUCCACGCUCCUGACAUUAUUCAAAGCAAUCCCGCGAGAAGCCCUGGCUCCGCAUAUUCACACCAUCUCGAUUUACAUCAGAUCAGGGCUCACGCAUUUGCAGGAAGACGUGCGAGCUGACACUGCCAAGUUUCUUAAUCUGAUUCUGAAAUCGAGCGAUAUCAAUAUUCCUAUGCAGCUCGUGACUAGAAGCUGGAUCAGUGUGCUUACAUGCUUCGGCGGUCUUUUCCAUUGGGACGUGCAGCCUUUGACUGCUGCUACAACUCAGCCUACGUCAGCAAAUAGCGCUGCAUCUGCAAAGCCCGCCAAAGCAGGCGCAAAGAACAAAAUCGGCGGCUCGGUAUCGCUCGAAGGCAUGAAGAACGCGACCGGCCAUCUUGAAGCUCUUUUCUCGUUCCUAAAACUAGGCUUAUCAGAGCAUCUAAGUGACGAAGAGAAGGCUAGACGUGAUCUCCCUCUAUGUAACUCUGAUACAGCAAAGCAUCUGUUGCCGGUAAACACGACCGCGCCAUAUGCGCGGCUGGGCCUGUUCUCGGCCAACAAAGCGAUGGCUACCGAGGAUAUCGGCGCGAGAUACAUUCUUGUUGCACCCAUUCUCCCGGAUAUUCUGAAGACCCUGGCGUCGGGAAGGUUGGAAGGAGGCGAGAUCGGCAGGAUAUGCAAGCAGUUGACUGAUUUUUUGGUGGACGUGCAGACUAGUAUCGAGAGUGUUCAGUGAGGUCGACGGCUUUGUUUGGGCUAUUUUUUCGGGUUACUUAUAUUGGUGUCUUGGUCUGGUAAUAAAAGGUUAUAGAUCUAUUUCUUUACAAUCAAAAUCUAUUCACAAGUAA